UCAUCUCACUCUUCAGUCCUUCACUGCCAUCUUCUUCUCUUCUCCUCUUACGUACUCACCAACACCAUCAUCCAAUGACUCAAUCCUUCAAAUUGUUAAGCCUCAGCGCCCUGUUUUAGUUCUCAGGGGAUCUACAAAUUUCUUCUAAUCCAAGACUGAGUUUUGUGUUUAAGAGCCAGAGCCAAACAGUUAAAUCGAUCACUGAAAAUAUGAGUACUACAGCAUUCCCAGUAUUCAUUGUUUCAGGCUUUGUUUUUCUGUUCCUUCUGAUCUUCAAGAUCUAUCACACACAAUGGCAGACUCCCACUCGCCUACAGAAACUGAUGGCUCUGCAGGGAAUCAAGGGCCCUUCUUACAGACCUGUCUAUGGAAACGCCAAAGAAAUCUGGAACUUAAAGAAGGAGGCCAUGAGCAGACCCAAAGGUUUAUCACAUGACAUACUUCCUGUAGUUGAACCUCAGUAUCACUCGUGGCUUAAGAUAUAUGGGAAUAUUUUUCUUCAGUGGUUAGGUACCAAAGCUCAGUUGGUAGUUAUGGAACCAAAGUUGUGCAAAGAGAUACUGAAUAACAAAGACAGAGUUUAUCGGCAAGUGCAACAACAAGGGAUUGGGAAGAGGCUGUUAGGAAACAGCCUCGGGACUUCUGAAGGAGAACAAUGGCUAAAACUUCGUAAGUUGGCCAACCAUGCCUUCCAUGGAGAGAGGUUAAAAAAUAUGGUUCCAGAUAUGAUAGCUAGUGCUGAGAAGAUGCUGCAAAGGUUGCAAAAUAGAGAGGACAAAGAGAUCGAGAUGUACCAAGAAUUUAAGUUGUUUACUUCAGAAGUGAUUGCCAAAACAACAUUUGGCAGCAGCUAUUUAGAAGGGAAGAAAAUUUUCGACAUGUUGACGGAGUUAUCUGUGUUACUGUUCAAAAAUUCUUAUAACAUCAGGCUUCCCGGUAUCCGAAAGCUUUUUAAAACUAGUGAUGAAUUGAUUCAAGCAGAAAAGCUUGAGAAGGAAAUACGUGACAUGAUAUUGGAGACUGUAAAGAAAAGAGAAAACAAGGCAGUGAGUCAGCAAGAUGAACACAACUUUGGGGGGGAUUUUCUUGGAUUACUUUUAAAGGCUCAUCAUGAUGACAGUAAUGACGAAUAUAGGGUCACGAUAGAUGAUAUAAUUGAUCAGUGUAAGGCAAUGUACUUUGCUGGACAAGAAACCACUAAUGGUUUGCUGGUUUGGACCGUGUUUCUUCUGGCACUCCAUCAGGAUUGGCAAAAGGAAGCGAGAAAAGAAGUCCUGCAUCUAUUUGGAAAACAUAAUCCAAAUUUCGAUGGCAUUUCCAGACUAAAAACUAUGAAUAUGAUCCUCAAUGAGUCUCUAAGGUUAUAUCCUCCUGUCAGUCAACUUACAAAGAUUACUGAAAGGGAAAGCAGGCUGGGGAAGUUGAUUGUUCCUGCUAAUAUUGAUGUAGUCAUCCCAACUUUAGCACUUCACCAUGACCCUCAAACAUGGGGACAAGACGUGGAAGUUUUCAAACCAGAGCGGUUCUCAGAAGGGGUUGCUAAAGCUACCAAGGAUAACAUGGCUGCAUUCAUACCCUUUGGAAUGGGACCUAGAAUUUGUGUGGGUUUCAACCUUGCCACCACUGAAACUAAGAUUGCUCUGUCAAUGAUUCUGCAACGCUACUCCUUCACUCUUUCCCCAGGUUACGUCCACUCUCCUCUUCAUUUUCUUACAACUCGCCCACAGCAUGGAGUUCAAGUAAUGCUACACUCCCUGUGAAAUAUUAAAGAUCAGACUUGCUCUCUGUGUCAAGGAUUCAUGGAUUGGCUAAAUAAAUGGAGUCCUACAAUAAUGUAUGUUAGUUGGUGUGCAUGUUAUCAAGGAUCCAUGAUUGGGUAGAUACAUGGUUCUCUAGUAAUAAAUAAUGCUUCAAUAUAUAAAUAGCCAGCCUUGCUUGUACAAGGUUUGUGUACUGCACCUUAGGUAUUUGAGUGAAUCUACAGAAUUUCCAGCAAGUUUAGUGCAUAGAUGUUUCGAAAAAUUAGGAGCUCCAAAAACAAUUUCCCAUGAUGAAAAAUCUCACACUUUUUUGGCACAUUUUUGUGUGCCAUA